AUGAGCAUUUCCUCCCAGCACAAUCGGCAGCCCUAUUCUCCCCCCUCCUCAAUUGAGGAGCAAUUCCGUCCUCCACCAACAUCAAGAGAUAUCGACCACCUCCAAUACCAUAUUUCCUUACAAGAGUUUGGAAGACAAGUACAGGAUGCAGCGAACGCGGCAUUUCCUAAUGACCAGAGGUCUCGCUAUUCAAAUGUCUAUGUACUGCUCCUGUGUUGGGAAGAUGAAGAUCCCAAACUUCCUGUCCCAAUUGAAGUGCAAGAAUUACGCAGUCUGUUUCAGGUGUUGUAUGAUUUCGAUGUAGAAGUCUGGAAAAUCCCGGCAGAAAGCAGUCACAAUGAACUGAACCGCAAGAUCCUUGAUUUUGUGUCUUUCGGUGGAGAUCGUAAGGAUGAUUUGAAGAUUGUUUAUUACGGUGGCCACGGUAUGCUGGUCCAUAAUAGGCAGCUAUCUUGGGCGAGUCGUCCUGAUCCUGAAGAUCCACGUUAUCGCAGCGUCAAGUGGAAUGGCAUCCAACAUGCACUAGAAGAAGCCGAGUCUGACGUCCUGUUGCUCCUCGAUUGCUGUGCAUCUGGAACAGCUCCCGGUAGCCUGGACGGAGGCCAUGGCCAUGGCGUUACAGAGCUCAUCGCAGCUUGCGGCUUCAACGCAAACGCCAAUCCAGUUGGGCCGGAUUCCUUCACUCGCGCUCUGAUUACCGAACUCAGUCUCCUAAGCAGAACGCCUUCCUUUACCAUAGCUACUUUGUACAGUCGGAUUCUAUGUAGGUUUCAGAAUUGGAUGCCAAGCGGUAGGGAAGUCCAAAAAGCACCUCUACACGUUGUAUUGACACGGAAUGAAAAGCUACCCCGUGGAAUUCAAUUGUGUCCACGGAAGCAGCAGAAGACAACGAAACACUCGUCAAGCAAGUCACAUGCACCUGCGUCCCAGGCCCCAGCACGACGAAUUCAACCACCAAGAGUCACUAAAUGUCGUCGAGCGGCAUAUCCCAUUCGCGAACCAGCUCGUCACUCAAACCGCUUCAGCACAUCUACGUCCUCUCUCGAGUCCAUAGCAGGUGGACCGUCGUCUUUACAAUCAGGAGAAUCUUCCAUGUCAAGUGUGAGCUCUGAGCCUGACGCCUAUCCAAGGGUGGCGAUCACGAUCCGGCUUCAGGAAACACUUUCGCAAUCUGACUUAUCGGUUGAUUUAUUCUCGGAAUGGUUACGCAUGAUGCCUGUUCUAGCCCAAAGUGUCAAGGUGGAGGCUGGCUUUGCGAGCUUCUCGACUCUUCUACUUGUCUCGUUGCCGGUUGCCAUGUGGUGCUACCUACCAGCUAAUCCUGCGAUUUCGGUCGCUGGCAUCAUCAAAUCUCCAAAUUUGAUUGCGGACGUCAAUUUGGUUACUAAAUCAGUGUUGUCGAUCCCUACGAAAGAACACUCGAAGGAGUCGGUACAGAAAACGACACCUUCCAGGCUUGGCUGGGGAGACGAUACAAAAGCUUUAUUGAAAUUAUACAAGUUCAAUGUCUCGACUGAAGACGAGCCUUAUUUCCAGCUCCUACCAAGCAUCGAUGCGUCCUCGCUACUCCCUUCUCGAGUCUACUUGGACAAGUCUCAACGCUCUCUCCUCGGACCUCACACAUGCCAGUACCCCGGAUUCUGUUUCUCCAGAAUCUCAAAAUCUUUCAAAACCCUCGACGAAGUAAUUCAGCACUAUCGCGCAUGUCACACGACCUACGAUCCAUUCCUAGCAAGUUCACCGAUGCAAGUUAAUCCGUCACAACACUCCAUUGGGACUCAGGAUUCUGCUGUUGGGAUGGAUGAUCCCAGUACUAGUGAACCGCCGGUGUUUUAUUCAGCGAAAUCAAGAAUACCGGAUAUUGGAUCGCUUGAGGAAAAUAGACUCGCUUGGUGA